GAAGAAAGCAUCGUCAACGUAUUCAUUUCUGACAUCAGGGUUUAUCAUUAUUAUUACUGUUGUUUUCGUAGGAGACGCGUUGUAAGCGAGACCCUUCCAUGCCGCCUCGCACGUCCCCCUUUUCUUCUAAAGCGGCGGCAGCACCGUCGACGAGUACGUCCGGCUUCGCCUCGUUUGUGCUCGAGCGGGUCGCGCACAAUCCGUUUCUCAUCCACGAAACACCGCGAUCACUGCGCUUGACCGGCGGCGUCGGCGGCGUCCCCACCACCCUCGAUCCUGACCAGCGGGACGUCCUCCUUCACGCUGAUGCGCCACCGAACAGCGCUAACGCCGCAACCGCAGCAGUAACUGCGGCGGCCGUGACGGCGGUGCUUCAGCGCGCGUUGGUCGAUGCACCUCUGCUCCCUGUUGGUGGUUCGCAUUUGCUGUACGAGCUUGUCUGGUCGAACUUCGUGGCCUGCGCAGAAGCGGCAAAGCAAGUCGGGUGCUACAAGCAAGCGCUGGAGCUGCACGGCGCACGCGCGAUGACAGCAGCGGCGGUGGCUCCAGCAGCCGCAACCGCCACUAGUGAUGCUGGCGUCGAUACGUCGUCUAGCACCAACGACUCAAGUUUGGUAGAAAGUGUGUUCGGUGCCUCGCCUCUCGUCCCCGGCUCGCAGCCUGCGUCAUCUCCGCAAGGAGGCAGCGGUCACAGCCUCUUCAGCCCGGAGGAGCUGAGCACAUCGAUAGCGCCGGACGUGCUACACGCACGUCUUGCCCAGUCACAGACACGCCUCGCGGAGCUCAAGGUUGAACUAGCGCGCAGCCUCGCGAAAAUGCGGUGCAUCGCGCAAGACUUAGACGCCUACGAUGCGACGCCAAUCGAGGAGCUGCGUCGGCAGCGGGAGGCGGCAACGACGGCGCUGAUGACGCCGGUGGUGGUGCCGCCGUCGUUACGUGAAGGUGGCGCAGUGCCACCGCCAGCGGUGGUGGUGGUGGUGGACGGCGAGCAGCAGGACCGCAAGCGACAGCGUACAGCGGAGUAA